UCCAGCUUGUCAAAUCCAAUUAGCCAGAAAUGUCCCACCGUGAAAAUGUUCCGUCCUUAAUUCAGCUCGGCUACGUUCCGAAUCACACCGAGCAUUGGGCCGAAAUCGAGUUUCACGAAAAGAUUAGCCACCUGGACCUAAUCGAUCACCGGUUGAAAAGCCUCCGCAAACCGAACAUUCACGUCCGGAUCGGCAGCACCGUUUUCGACUGCCAUUCGCUGCUGCUCCAAAGCUAUUCGGGAACGUUCGACGAGCUGGAGAAUGAACGCGUAGUGGUGCUCCCGGAGGAAAAAGUUUCCCCGCGUGCGUUCCAAAUCAUCUACGACUGGAUGUUGGCCGCCAAGGCAGACGUCCAGCGGGAGCACUUUGUGGAGGUGUUGGUCGCGGCGGAAUACCUACGGAUUAAGCAUUUGGUUGAUCAGUGCUGGAUUUGUAUCGACAGUACCGAGGCGUUGGUCGAAGAUCGGGCUUUCUUCCUGUACAUCGAAGCCGCACAGCAUCAUCAAAAUAUAUUGAAGAAUAUGCUUCUGAAAAGGAUUUGUGCCUUCUUCCUGCCUCUGGUUGCUUGCAGCGAAUACACGCAGAUGCCUUUGGAUGAUCUGAGCGUGCUGCUGAAGUCGAGCUACCUCGGAGUGUUUUCCGAAACGGACGUCUUCUACGCAGCUUGCCUUUGGCUACUGGAAGACUGGGACAACCGACAAGAAUGUGUUAGCGAUGUGAUGAAUUUGGUUCGAUUUGCUCUGAUUCGGCCAAGUUUGCUGGCCCAGUUGAACAGCUUGGAUGCCGACGAACGUCUUCACGACAUUCUACGGAACGAAACGACCAAACAUCUGGUGGCGCAAGCCUUGAAUUAUGCAUUUAGCAGCAAAUCGUCAUCGGAGUUGCCCGACAGCAGCUCCACAGGAACUCGUAGAGUGAAACGUUUGGAAAUGCAAAAGCCCACCGAACGGACAUGGCUGGACGAUGCGGACUCUUCGAGGGCAGAUGGUGAACAUGAAGUAUUCUCCUUCGCACAUGACGAUUAUGGGUACGAAACCUUUUUGGAACGGCUCAGCUAUUUGACUAGAGAUCGUGACUGCUGGAAACGCUGGAAAAAGCUGGAAGUAAGUGUUGAAAUGCUACUCUCGUCAAGUUUUACUCGCCUUCCAAGUGUCAGUAGCGAAUGCGAGGAGGAACCUUUGCAAGAACUUUAAUGUAUGAUUAGGAUCACAUCGAUUAAUGAAUCAAAUAACAAGCCUGAACUGGGA